UUCAUAGUUUGUCUCUCUCUUUGCCUUACGUUCAUAGUUUGUCUCUCCCUUUGUCUUAUGUUCAUAGUUUGUCUCUCUCCCAUUGUCUUAUGUUCGUAGUUUCUCCCUUUCUCUCAUUGUCUUACGUUCAUAGUUUGUUUCUCUCAUUGUUUUACGUUCAUAGUUUGUCUCCCUUUCUCUCAUUGUCUUACGUUAAUAGUUUGUCUCUCUCCCUUUGUCUUAUGUUCAUAGUUUGUUUCUCUCCCUUUGUCUCUCUCCCUUUGUCUUAUGUUCAUAGUUUGUUUCUCCCCCUUUGUCUUAUGUUCAUAGUUUGUCUCUCUCCCUUUUUUGUCUCUCUCCCAUUGUCUUAUAUUUCCUGUUUAUCUCUCUCCAUUGUCUUAUAUUUCGUAAUUUUUUCUCGUUUUCUCUCUUUGACUUUCGUUCAUGGUUGUCUCUCUCUCUUUGUCUCUUACGUUCUGGUUUGUCUCUCUCUUUGUCUUACGUUCAUGUUUGUCUCUCUCCAUUGUCUUAUGUUCAUAGUUUGUCUCUCUCCCUUUGUCUCUCUCCCAUUGUCUUAUGUUCAUAGUUUGUCUCUCUCCCAUUGUCUUAUGUUCAUAGUUUGUCUCUCUCCCUUUUUUAUCUCUCUCCCAUUGUCUUAUGUUCAUAGUUUAUCUCUCUCCCAUUGUCUUAUGUUCAUAGUUUGUCUCUCCCCCUUUGUCUUAUGUUCAUGGUUGUCUCUCUCCUUUGUCUUAUGUUCUUGGUUUGUCUCUCUCCCUUUGUUUUAUGUUCAUAGUUUGUCUCUCUCCCUUUGUCUUAUGUUCAUAGUUUAUCUCUCUCCCAUUGUCUUAUGUUCUUUGUCUCUCUCUUUGUCUUACGUUCAUAGUUUGUCUCUCUCCCAUUGUCUUAUGUUCAUAGUUUGUCUCUCUCCCUUUGUCUCUCUCCCAUUGUCUUAUGUUCAUAGUUUGUCUCUCUCCCUUUGUCUUAUGUUCAUAGUUUGUCUCUCUUCCAUUUUUGUCUCUCUCCCAUUGUCUUAUGUUCAUAGUUUGUCUCUCUCCCAUUGUCUUAUGUUCAUAGUUUGUCUCUCUCCCAUUUUUAUCUCUCUCCCAUUGUCUUAUGUUCAUAGUUUAUCUCUCUCCCAUUGUCGUAUGUUCAUAGCUUGUUUCUCUCAGUCUUACUUUCAUUGUCUGUCUCUCUCUUUGUCUGGCAUUCAUAAUUUAUCUUUCUCUAUAUCAUGGUUUGUCUCUCUUUGUCUUAGGGACAUGCAUUGUCUUUUUCUUACGUUCAUAGGUAGUUUUCUGUUUGAAGUUUGUAGUGUCUAUCUUAAGUUUGUUGAAACUUUCGUUCGGUUUUCACUUCGUUCUUUGUUUCUCUCUUCCUUAGCGUCGUUCUUCGUUAACUUCUUUCUAUCUCACAUGAUUUGUUCUUUUCCUUCCCGCUUAGCUUCGUUGUUUCUUUCAGUCUUUGCAUCAAUGUUUCUUUCAGUCUUUGCAUCAAUGUUUCUUUCAGUCUUUGCAUCAAUGUUUCUGUUUCAUUCUUUCCUUAAGCUCUUUUCGGGGUUUUUUUUACUUCCUUUUUCAAUGUUUUGUCCUUUUUUUCUUCCUUUUCCAGGCUUUUGUCCUUUUUUUCUUCCUUUUCCAGGCUUUUGUCCUUUUUUUCUUCCUUUUCCAGGCUUUUGUCUUUUUUUCUUCCUUUUCCAGGCUCUUAUCUUUUUUUUUCCUCCUUUUCCAGGCUUUUGUCUUUUUUUCUUCCUUUUCCAGGCUUUUGUCUUUUUUUUUUCUUCCUUUUCCAGGCUCUUGUCUUUUUUUUUCUUCCUUUUCCAGGCUCUUGUCUUUUUUUUUCUUCCUUUUCCAGGCUCUUGUCUUUUUUCUUCCUUUUCCAGGCUCUUGUCUUUUUUUUCUUCCCUUUUCAGGCUCUUGUCUUUUUUUUCUUCCUUUUCAGGCUUUUGUCUUUUUUUUCUUCCUUUCCAGGCUCUUUUCUUUUUUUUCUUCCUUUUCCAGGCUCUUGUCUUUUUUUUUUUCUUCCUUUUCCAGGCUCUUGUCUUUUUUUUUUUCUUCCUUUUCCAGGCUUUUGUCUUUUUUUUUCUUUUAUUUUCCAGGCUCUUGUCUUUUUUUUUCUUCCCUUUCCAGGCACUUGUCUACCUUUUCCUGUCUGUUUACGUUUUCGUCGUUUUUUUUUUCUUCUCUUUAGUUUCUAUUCUUUUUCCUACGUUUGUGUUUCUUUUCUCUCUUGACGACUUUUGUUUCUUUUCUCUCCUGACGACUUUUGUUUCUUUUCUCUCCUGGCGUCUUUUGUUUCUUUUCUCUCCUGGCGUCUUUUGUUUCUUUUCUCUCCUGGCGUCUUUGGUUUCUUUUCUCUCCUGGCGUCUUUGGUUUCUUUUCUCUCCUGUCGUCUGUUGUUUCUUUUCUCUCCUGGCGUCUUUGGUUUCUUUUUCUCUUGACGAGUUUUGUUUCUUUCUUUUGUUUCUUUUCUCUCCUGGCGUCUUUUGUUUUUUUUCCCUCCUGACGUCUUUUGUUUUUUUCUCCUGGCGUCUUUGGUUUUUUUUCUCUCCUGGCGUCUUUGGUUUCUUUUCUCUCCCUGGCGUCUUUGGUUUUUUUUCUCUCCUGGCGUCUUUGGUUUCUUUUCUCUCCUGUCGUCUGUUGUUUCUUUUCUCUCCUGGCGUCUUUGGUUUCUUUUCUCUCUUGACGAGUUUUGUUUCUUUUCUCUCCUGGCGUCUUUUGUUUCUUUUCCCUCCUGACGUCUUUGGUUUCUUUUCUCUCCUGGCGUCUUUUGUUUCUUUUCUCUCCUGGCGACUUUUGUUUCUUUUCUCUCUUGACGACUUUGGUUCCUUUUCUCUCCUGGCGUCUUUGGUUUCUUUUCUCUCCUGGCGUCUUUUGGCGUCUUUUCUCUCUUGGUGA